ACGGGACUUAUUAACCCCAAAGUACCGGCAGAGAGCAAGAGGCAACCGAGAGCCGCGCAGGGCAGGGACCGGAUAUAACUGAGUGGAGAUAGCUCGCCUGGCAGGGGCUGCGGGGUCAGGUGCCCCCCUGCUGGCACACACUCCGAGGUCUCCGGGGAAGGAUAUGCCCUGGGACAUGUGAUUUCCUUGGAGGGGAUCCUAGCUGAACUGCACCAUGAGGAUGUUUGGCUGUGGGAGGCAUUUGUGCCCAGGGUGGCUCAGCGUGCUGUGGGUAGUGGGCACACUCCAAGCGGCUUCCGGACAGUCAGUUUGCUCUGGUACAGAAAACAAGCUAAGUUCACUGUCAGACCUGGACCAGCAGUACAAAGCUAUGCGCAAAUACUACGAAAACUGUGAAGUGGUGAUGGGUAACCUCGAGAUAACCAGCAUUGAGCAUGGGCGCAAUCUCAGCUUCCUAAGAUCUAUCCGGGAGGUGACUGGCUAUGUUCUUGUGGCCCUCAACCAGUUCGAUUACCUUCCACUGGAGAACCUGCGAAUCAUCCGAGGUACAAAACUAUAUGAGGACCGCUACGCACUAGCCAUUUUCCUGAACUAUCGCAAAGGUGGCACCUACGGCUUGAGGGAACUAGGUCUAAGAAAACUGACGGAGAUCCUGAACGGAGGCGUGUAUCUGGACCAGAAUAAGUUUCUCUGCUACGCUGACACCAUACACUGGCAGGACAUUGUACGCAGUUCCAACGCUACCCUUUUGCCGAUGGCCAGUAACGCAGAAUGUGGGAGAUGUCACAAGUCCUGCACUGGACGCUGUUGGGGACCAACAGAGCGCCACUGCCAGAGGUUGACGAAGACGGUGUGUGCUGAGCAGUGUGAUGGCCGUUGCUACGGGUCCUACGUUAGCGACUGCUGUCACCGAGAAUGUGCCGGAGGCUGUACAGGACCCAGAGACACAGACUGCUUUGCCUGUAUGAAAUUUAAUGACAGUGGCGCCUGUGUUACUCAAUGUCCUCAACCCAACAUUUACAAUCCAACCGCUUUUCAGCUGGAACAGAACCCCAAAGCCAAAUACACAUACGGAGCGUUCUGUGUCAACAGAUGCCCACAUAACUUUGUGGUAGAUGAUAGCUCUUGUGUACGUGCAUGUCCCAGCAACAAGAUGGAAGUAGAAGAAAAUGGAAUCAAGAUGUGCAAACCUUGUGCGGGCAUUUGUCCAAAAGUGUGUGACGGCAUCGGGACGGGUUCUCUGCAGUCUGCGCAGACCGUGGACUCCAGAAACAUCGACAAAUUUAUCAACUGCACCAAGAUCAACGGGAAUCUCCACUUCCUCGUCACUGGAAUAGAAGGGGAUCUAUACCACAACGUAGCUGCUUUGGAUCCAGAGAAAUUAAAUAUUUUCCGUACUGUUCGAGAGAUUACAGGUUUCCUAAAUAUACAAUCAUGGCCUCAAAACAUGACAGACCUCAGUGUCUUCUCCAACCUGGCCAGCAUAGGAGGCCGAGUCUUGUACAGUGGAAUUUCGCUGCUAAUCCUCAAGCGACAUAGCCUCACAUCUCUCAAGCUCCAGUCCCUCAAAGAGAUCAGCGCCGGGAAUGUCUAUAUCACUGAUAAUCACAACCUGUGUUUCUACCACACCAUUAACUGGACUUCAUUGUUCAGGAUGCCCACCCAGAAAGCUACCAUCCGUGAUAAUAAAAAGACAGAAAACUGCACUGCUGAAGGAAUGGUUUGCGACCCUCUGUGUUCCACUGCUGGAUGCUGGGGUCCAGGAUCCAACCAAUGUUUGUCAUGCCAAUUUUUCAGCCGAGGGAAGGCAUGUGUCAAGUCCUGCAAUCUUUAUGACGGAGAGUCCCGUGAAUUUGCCAAUGGCUCUGUCUGUCUGAAAUGUGACCCACAGUGUGAGAAGAUGGAAGAAGGCACAAUCACAUGCUAUGGACUGGGUCCAGACCACUGCACAAAAUGUGCCAACUUUAAAGACGGACCUAACUGUGUUGAAAAAUGCCCAGAAGGCGUGCAAGGGACCAAUGGUUUCAUUUUCAAAUAUGCAGAUGAGGACAGAGAGUGCCAUCCAUGUCAUCCUAAUUGCACUGAUGGGUGUACAGGACCACGCAUCAAGGACUGCAUUGGAAUCAUAGAUAGGACUCCACUCAUUGCAGCCAGUGUCAUUGGAGGACUCUUCCUCAUAGUCAUCAUGGGACUCAGCUUUGCCGUAUACGUUCGGAGGAAGAGUAUCAAGAAAAAGAGAGCUCUCAGAAGGUUUCUGGAGACAGAGUUGGUGGAACCACUAACACCAAGUGGCACAGCUCCAAACCAAGCACAGCUGAGAAUCCUGAAGGAAACAGAACUCAAGAGAGUGAAAAUCUUGGGAUCAGGUGCUUUCGGGACAGUUUAUAAGGGUAUCUGGGUCCCUGAAGGUGAGACAGUGAAGAUACCUGUGGCCAUUAAGAUCCUGAAUGAGACAACAGGCCCCAAAGCCAAUGCAGAGUUCAUGGAUGAGGCCCUUAUUAUGGCCAGCAUGGAUCAUCCACACCUGGUGCGCCUGCUAGGAGUCUGUCUAAGUCCCACUAUUCAGCUGGUCACCCAACUCAUGCCCCACGGCUGCCUUCUGGAUUAUGUACAUGAACACAAGGAUAAUAUCGGUUCCCAGCUUCUUCUCAACUGGUGUGUCCAGAUAGCAAAGGGCAUGAUGUAUCUCGAAGAACGACGACUUGUUCACAGAGAUCUGGCAGCGCGGAACGUAUUGGUCAAGUCACCCAAUCAUGUAAAGAUCACAGACUUUGGACUGGCCCGACUCCUAGAAGGAGAUGAGAAGGAGUAUAAUGCCGAUGGAGGCAAGAUGCCAAUCAAGUGGAUGGCCUUGGAAUGUAUACAUUAUAGAAAGUUCACCCACCAGAGCGAUGUCUGGAGCUACGGGGUCACUAUAUGGGAGCUGAUGACCUUCGGAGGAAAGCCUUAUGAUGGUAUUCCUACUCGGGAAAUCCCUGACCUUCUGGAGAAAGGAGAAAGGCUUCCUCAACCUCCCGUCUGCACCAUUGACGUAUACAUGGUUAUGGUGAAGUGUUGGAUGAUUGACGCUGAUAGUCGCCCAAAGUUUAAAGAGCUGGCUGCAGAGUUCUCCAGGAUGGCAAGAGACCCUCAGAGAUACCUAGUCAUCCAGGGAGAUGAUCGAAUGAAACUUCCCAGCCCAAGCGACAGUAAGUUCUUCCAAAACCUUCUAGAUGAAGAAGAUCUAGAAGAUAUGAUGGACGCUGAGGAGUAUCUUGUCCCUCAGGCCUUCAACAUUCCACCACCCAUUUACACUUCUAGGACACGAAUUGACUCCAAUAGGAGUGAAAUUGGACACAGCCCUCCUCCUGCCUACACCCCUAUGUCAGGAAAUCAAUUUAUGUACCGUGAUGGGGGUUAUACUACACAAGAAUCAAUGACUCUGCCAUAUAGACCUACUGCUUGCGCUAUACCAGAGGUACCCUCGGUCCAGGGGGCAGCUGCGGAGGCCUUUGAAGAGAUAUGCUGUAAUGGUACACUCCGCAAACAAGUGCCAGUGCGGACACCAGAAGACAGUCUGCAGAGAUACAGUGCUGAUCCCACAGCAUUUGUUUCGGAACGCAAUCUUCGAGGAGGUGUGGGUGAAGAUGGCUACAUGACUCCCAUGAAGGAGAAACCCAAGACAGAUUACUUGAACCCUGUAGAGGAAAACCCUUUUGUCACCAGAAAGAAAAAUGGGGACCUUCAAGCCCUGGAUAAUCCAGAUUAUCACAAUGGACCCAGCGGGCAGCCAAAAUCAGAGGAUGAAUAUGUGAAUGAACAUCUGUACCUGAACUCGUUUGCCAAGCCUAAGGAAAAUGCAGAAUAUCUAAAAAAUAAUGGACUCACUGUGCCAGACAAAGCCAAGAAAGCAUUUGACAACCCAGAGUACUGGAAUCAUAGCCUUCCUCCCAGGAGCACCAUCCAGCAUCCGGAUUACCUACAUGAGUACAGCACAAAAUAUUUUUAUAAGCAAAAUGGACGUAUCAGGCCAGUAGUGGCAGAAAACCCAGAAUAUCUUACAGAGUUCACUCUGAAACCAGGCACCGUCCUACCACCCCCUCCGUACAGGCACCGGAACACUGUUGUGUAGGAACGUCAGUAUUAUGGGAAUAGGGAGAUCCCCUCAAAAAUCUUGGAUUCCUUGACCCCACCCACCCUUCGGACCACCUUACUUCUUCAGGUGUGCUCCAUGCCAGAUCACUCCAUCGGAAGGUGAAAGGAUGCCCUAGGUUUUCUGUUAUUUUUUCAAGGAGAGCACAUAAUGAAGGAACCAGAUGGGCAUCUUGCUGUUUGUAGACUAGAGUAAUGAUUCCCUGUGGAUCAGGAUAUCGUCAGAACCCAUUGGAAAAUGCAUAAUAGCAGUAAAUUGUAGGAAAGGAUUAACUCACCUUUUAA